AUGAGCAAUGCGUGUAUUAAUAGUGAUGAUCAUACCGAAGGACAUCGCAUAAAAGUUGAAAGUAGAAUAAUAGACUCUCCUACCAAUACUUUUACGAAUAGCGUUCCAUCAGCACAUCAACAAUAUGACCUGAAUAAUGAUACUAGAAGAGAAUAUUCUUCAUCAUCAUCGUCAUUGGUAUCAUCAAGUAUUCAAUCAAGAGGUUUGGAAGGAAUAUUCUCUCAAAAGAAUGUGGACACAAUGAUGAAUAAUAUUAUUCAGCAAAUAUUGUCAACAUUAUCUGUGCAACAAGAACGCAUGAAUAACAUUGAGCAAAAGCAGGACCACGGUUUUGCAUCCGGCAAUACAUCAUCCAUGUUGGUGCCGAAUGCAUCCACAGACCAACACCAAAAAAUACAAGCAUGUACCUCCCAUGUAAACCAUCAACAACCUGAAACUCCAUCAUCCAAUGCAAACCAGCAACAACUAGUUAUGGAUAGAGGUUCCACAUCUUCAUUCAAUAAUGGUAGUGGAGAUGUUGGCCUGCAAGGUUCUUCUUCAUUCCCAUCUUCAUCUCAUUCCUUAUCCAAUAAUACCACCAAUUCUUCUUCUUCCACCAGUACAUCUAGCUCGUCAUUUAAUGAUUCUAAAAAGUUCAUGCUCUCCCCUGGUACUAAUUCCUCCACCCUAGAAUUUAUCAAUGCUCAUAACAAUCCUAUGUUAGCAUCAUCUGCAAAUCAACAACUUCAUUCACACAAUGAUCAGCUAUCAGAUGCUGAAAAGCCAAAACUUUCCUUUGUUGUUUAUUGUGCUUCGAGUAGUAAAUUGGAUGAAAAGUAUUUUAGUGCUGCAACACAAGUUGGUGAGACUUGUGCUCAGAAUGGAAUUGGAGUGAGAUAUGGAGGUGGUAAUUGUGGUUUGAGCAAAUUUGUUAAACUCGGAGCCCAUGCUUUUAAAGUCAUCCAAAAAAUGAUUAAAAGCUUUGAAGAUCACACAAUUCAUAAAAUGUUUAGUAUUGCUCCAUAUUACAGAAUUUCUAACAAUGAAAAUGGUCUGGUUAUGAAAUAA